AUGUCGACCGCCACGCUCGCCCGCCUCGAGCAAUACACUGCAUGUGACAUCUCGGACGCCCUUCUCAAGCUCAAGGUUCCCGGGGCAGGAUUUAUCGCAGAUCUCAACCCAUACAGCACCAAGCCGGGCAAAGAUGCCGAUGCCCUAACCAUUGCGCCCGUGUCCACCAUUCUUUUCGCCGCCAAGGGCGAGGUCCUCCCCGAACCACAGCCAAACGUCCCCAAAGACACGCACUGGAGCGAUGCCACAGAACCGGGUACAUUUGUGGUGAUGAAGCAGCCCCCAGGCCAGACAAACGCCGUCUGCGGCGGCAUCAUGGCCCUCCGCAUGAAGAUGCGGAAUGUAAAGGGCAUCAUGGUCGCCGGCCGCGUCCGAGACGUGCAGGAACUCAAGAGCACCAGCCUUCCGGUACUGCCAUUCCCCACCACUCACCUUGAUUCCAAAGUUCUAGCCCACGGCCUCUCGACAGUCGGGUCUGGCGGCGGCAGCGUCCCGUGGGCCAUGCAAGUGCCCCUGGACAUCAACGGCGUGACCGUGUCCCCGGGGGACAUUGCCUUCCAGGACCCCGUCAACGGCGUCGUCAUCAUCCCCGGAGACAAGGUGGACCAGGUCCUCGAGAUGCUGCCAAAGCUCGUUGCCGCGGACGACAAGGUCAAGCAGGACGUGCUAAAGGGCAUGUCGGUGUAUGAUGCGUUCAAGCUCCACCGGGGUACAUGA